AUGGAGACAGAAACGAUCAUGCAAGGAGCAACUUUGCUACUAACCUUCAUUAUGUUCUGGGCGAUUAAGCAUCUCUCUCAACAAGGCCUAACCAAGUUCCGAGCCAAACACCGAGCCACUCUCCAAUCCCAGCGUCAGCUCAUCCAAGCCACUCGUCUCCUCGCUCGGGCUCGAAGCACCUCUAAGAAAUCUCAAUCCCAAUCUCUCGCCAAGACCGCGCUCACCGAAGCCGACGACGUGAUCGCGAUUUCUCCAGAUGAUGCCGCCGGUCACAUCGUCCGUGCUCUAGCUCUGGAUCUGCUCGGUCAGCACACCGCCGCUCUCAAAUCGUUCGACACGGCGCUGACUUAUCCGCGACUGAAGUCUCUCUCGGUGGGAGAACGCGCCGAUGCGCUUGUGAAGAGAGCUGAAAUGAAGCUGGCUGUGAAUCGCCGACGGAGGAUUGAUUCUGCGAUCGAAGAUCUGGAAGAGGCGACGAGACUCGCCGCCGGCACAGACACGGCGAGGAUUCUCCGUUUGUUGGGAGAGUGUUACGAGUUCAAAGGCUUGAAUGAUAAAGCCCAAUGGGCUUCAAAUGAAGCCUCGAAAACCCAACAUUAG